AACUGGCUCCUCUUGCCAUUCUGUGCUUCCAUCUAAGGGUGCCUGUCUUCCUAAUCCUCAAAGGGGAUUAAUCAAGACCUUGGCUCUCAGAAUUUAUGGCCCUGGAGGCCCAGUGCAAGGCAUGGCACACAAUCAGUGCUCGACAAUUGUGGUUCCUUUUUUCUUGGCAGUCUGCAGUCUCCCCAGAUCUGUGGGGAAGGAGUUGACCCAGCUAAAGCCUGUGGUGGGUGAGGGCCCAGAGAGAUCCAGGCAGGAGGAGAUCUACAAGGAGUUGACCCAGCUGAAGGCUGCAGUGGGCACAUUCCCACAGCGGUCCAGGCAGGAGGAGAUCUACAAGGAGUUGACCCAGCUGAAAACUGGAAUCCGUGAGUGCCCAGCAUGGUCCAGGCAGGAGGACAUUUACCAGCAAGUGACUCAGCUGAAUGCUGUUGUUGGUCACCUGUGCCGCCCCUGUCCCUGGGACUGGACGUUCUUCCAAGGAAAUUGUUACUUCUUCUCCAGUAUCCAGCGGAACUGGCACGACUCCAUGACUGCCUGCCAGGAGGUGGGGGCUCAGCUAGUCGUGAUCAAAAGCACCGAGGAGCAGGAUUUCCUACGGCUGCAGGUUUCCACAAAGGACCGCUACACCUGGAUUGGGCUGUCAGACCUGACACACAAAGGCACAUGGCAGUGGGUGGAUGGUUCACCGCUGCCAUCCAGCUUGACCAAGUAUUGGAACAAGGGGGAGCCCAAAAACAUCGGGGAGGAAGAUUGUGUGGAAUUUAAAGGCAAUGGCUGGAACAACCACAAAUGCGAUGUUCUCAGUUUCUGGAUCUGCAAGAAGUCCACAGCCUCCUGCUCCAGCUAGGGAGGGCAAUUUCCCUCCUUAACCAUUGCAGUCCUAAGCCUGCCUGCUAAAUAGCAAAACUUUACCCACUUUUAAGGCAAGAUUCCUUCUCCCCAUCCCCAGACACUAAUAAAACCCCUAGGAUUGGUCUCUUUCAGAUCCCUCAUCCCUAUGGGUCUGGGUCCCAUUCUGUCUUUCCUUUGCUGCCUGCUGGUUAUCCUGGCUUAGAGGUUGUACUUCUGGACCAUUCCUGGAGCUUUAGAUGUGAACUAGUGUGGGUGCAUUCAGGGGCUUGAUGUGCCCCAUUAAUCUACUGUCUCUUACAAGAUCAGAACAUUUGAAUGGCCGUGUGUGGCUGCCACAUUCCCAGGGCUUUACCCCAUCCAUGCACACCUUCCAUCUACUAUCCCCUGCACCGCUUUGACUGAGCACUAGCUGGUUGCAAUGGUCAUCUUGUAGGCUAGAAGUUCCAGGCAUUAAAUACCCCAGUGGCACCUGGAGAUGGCAUCAAAGCUCCACCCAAUACCCCCACAAACGUCUUUGGUUUUUGUUCUUUGCAAUCACUUCCAUUUGUCUCCCAGCUCUAUCCUUUAUAAUAAAACGAUAAAUAGAAGCAAAGUGUUUUCCUGAGUUCUGUGGGUCAUUCUAGAAAAUUCUCGAACAUCAGAGUGGC